AGGGUACAGCCCCAGUGACAGCUUCUGUACCUUUAUUUCUGAGAGUGUAUUGCAACAGGCUAACAGCACAGUGAUCACUAACAUCAAGUGCAUAAAUGGAUGCUGCUGAAUAUCUAUAAGGUGCAUUAGUAAAAAUUAAAUCAAGAAGUGAUGAUUUAUCUGGCUUUUUUACGUUAACAUUCAGAUUAUAGUUUCAUGUUUCUUAUUGGACAUUUUUAUCAUGUAAGAUCCACAUUUUUCAAAUAUUCAGACAGAAUUUUUUAGCAACCAGGAAAGCAUUUUAUCUCUGCAUGUGUAUUUGUGAUGUGUGUCUGUCACAUAAAUCAGCUCUUCUACAUUCUUGUCAGGUUUUUGAAUCUUCUGCUGCUGCUGUUUUGCUUUAUCAGUUACAGCGGAACCCCCCCUGUAGGAACCACCCUUAUAAGUGUGAUAGGGAAAAAGGGAGGAAACGCCAUCCUAUCGUGUAAAUUUGAUCACACAGAGAUUUCUGAUAUUGUUUUAAGCAGCCUAUCAAAAAUCAUCCCUAUUUGUGAGAACAAAGACUGUGAGAAUGGCAGAGCAUUUAAAACAAGAAACUGUGACAUUAUUCUAAUGGAUUUGAAACUGAGUGAUGCUGGGAAAUACAUUUUAAGAAUCUAUUACAAAACUACUCAGUCCGUGCUGGAGCAACAAAUCAGGACGUACCAACUUCAUAUUCAUGAUGAGAUUUCUGUGAAAAUCAGUGAGGAGCUGAAGUUGGACGUUCCCAAUGCUGAUAAAGUGGAGCAUCAGCCCAAAUCCAGCACAGAAUGGUCGGAGGUUUGGAAAAGAAGCAGCAGGGUUCAGUGCAAUCGAAUGACUGACACUGAUGGAAACCUCAUCAUUAAAGUGUUUACGGCCAGUGAUGCAGGAACAUACAGAGUUCUGGACUUUGAAAGAAACAUCUUGAUCACAGUAACAGUCACAGAAUCAAAGGGAAAAUUGAAUUACAUGGCUGAUGACAAACCUAAUGUUGUUUGGUUUUGGACUUCAACUGUUGUAUUGCCUGCAUGUGCAUGUUUUUGGUUCUGUUGGUUCUUGAACUGUUUUCGUUUCCUGUCAUCAAGAAAUGUCUGCCUCUGAAAGUGGAACAUGAUUCCUACGAAGAGGUCCAAAUGCAAUAAACAGAACAUCUAGCAACGUCAUUGUUUGUUCUAGGACACAGAGAAAGGUGAGAGCAACCUCACCUCUUCAAGAAAGCCCGGGUGGGUAAACAGUUUUGUACAGUUUGCCAAGCAAUAUCUUUAUGGUGAUUAAACAAAAAAUCAUAAUUUACGUUUCUCCAAACCGUAAUACAUUCUGAUUCAAUGAGAUGACCUAUUGGAGUCAUUUUAAAUACAGAUGAGGAUAGCCUCUCCUCCACCAACUGUCUAUUUAAACUCUCAAUCUGAAUGUUUGACCAAGAUGCUCUCUUUAACAUCUGCAUUAUUCUAUUAUACAUAGCCGGUCUAGUUUCUGCAUAGGGAGAAUUUUGAGGCAUUCUCGUAUUCCACAAUAGUAGUGUUAUAGGUCCACACAAUGUCAACUUUUUUUGAUUGAUGACCGACAGCUGUUGACCUUUGACCUUAGGGAUUAACUUUAUGACCUUUUAAUGAAUGCAGCUGUGUUAUGACAUGUGUUAUGACAGGUGUUAUGACAUGUGUUUGUAAUAUAUCAUGUUUAUGUAUCCUCAUCCGUGAAAUAAGAGAGCGGUUACAUUGUUCGUUAAUGCGUAGCAGCUGUUUGUGAUAUAACUUACCGGACCUACGAUUCGUAACGCGACAUGUGUUUGUAAUGCAUCAUGUUUAUGCAUCCUGAAAUAAGACAGCGGUUACAUGGCUUGUUAAAGUGCAGCUGUUUGUGAUAUAACUUACCGGACCUACGAUUCGUAACACGGCAUGUGUUUGUAAUGCAUCAUUUUUAUGUAUCAUGAAAUAAGACAGCGGUUACAUGGUUUGUUAAUGCGUAGCAGCUGUUUGUGGUAUAGACCUCUGGUUCGUAACGCGACAUCUGUUUAAAUUGGAUAGAUGGGACAGCAGGUGUUCUUAUGCGGUGUCACGCCGUCCCAGUUUCGGACAGCCUGCAUGGAUGUGAGAAAGAGGUAUUGGUUUAAGGACAAGAUAUAAGGACAAGAGAUAGUUCUUAAAAUUCAAGGUGAUUUAUUGUUAUGAGUAAUAAUACAAUAAAAUAACUCUCACACAUUCAGGAAGAUAUACCAGACUAGAGGAACCAGGGGUCAUCUCUCUCUCUCUCACACACACACACACACGCACACACGCACGCACGCACGCAGCACGCACGCACGCACACGCUCAGGCAAACUAUACCAGACUAUAGGAACCAAGAGUCAAAUAUGGAAAAUAUUGAGUAACGUUAGAUAAAAAUAUACGGAUACUAUAUACUAUAUUCUAUAUACAGAUACGGUCAUCUGGCAGCUGCUUGGCUUACUCCUUGAUUAAUUAUAGAG